AUGGACCCGAGACUAGUCACCGAUAGAAAGAGCAAGAGAUUUCUCCCGAAGAAGCGAUUUCGUAAGAUCUUGCGGAACAACAUAGACGGAAUUACCCGCCCCUCGAUCCGUCGUCUUGCCCGCCGCGGUGGCGUUGUUCGCAUUAGCGCUGAUGUCUAUCCUGAAGUCCGCAAGACUGUCAAGAGCCGGCUCACUGAGGUAAUCCGGCAAAUUCUUCUGGUAAUGGAAUCGUCCACCACUCCUGGCCACGAACGCAAGGUUGUCCGUACCACAGAUAUGGCGAAGGUCGUUUAUGCCCUUAACAGAUCUGAUGGGCCAUACUCUCUAUGGCUUUGGAUAAGACCACUCUUCAUGUACAAAGACCAACACGGAAAGCCCAUGUUCGUGAGAGCAUUUGCCCGACGCUUGUCAACUAUCCUUUACCAGAAAGAUUUCUUUUUGUAUCAGGUGCAUGCUGUUCUAGCAGGCUUAAACGGGGAUGGUAAAGGUGCCCUGUACAACUACAAUCCGGUUGAUUCAUACGAGAGAGCAGUGCAGGAUUACCAGGUCAACUUUCCACUUUGA